UCAUUUGCUUCAUAUUGUCGGCAGAAUUAAGAGGAAAUCGCUUGUUCCUGUGUGCUUGUGUUGAUUCAGUUGUUUCUUGGUCACAAGCAAUUGGACGACUGUAUAUUUGUGUUAUAUUCCUUAUGUUUGAAAGCCUUACAUUAUUUCUAACUGCCACGUACAGAGAAUUCAGCUGACAUUCCUUGAUCCGCAUCGAUUGUCUGGCCUUUGCAUGUCCAAUGGUGCCGAAGACCACCAUGGCCUUGUAUCUGAAGCUCCUCACGCUGGCUCUAGCCUCCAGUGUGUCUGGACAAGACCUGCCAUCAAGUCCGCACGGCUGCACGGACGGGAGCUGCUACCCUGCCACUGGAAACCUUUUGAUUGGACGGGCUGUGAACCUAAGCGCCACCUCGACUUGUGGGCUGGACGGUCCAGAGCACUACUGCAUUGUCAGCCAUCUCCAGGAGUCAGACAAAUGUUUCGAUUGCAACUCCCGGCAUCCGUACGAGCCGUACCGACACAGGAACAGCCACCGCAUCGACAACGUGAUCUACCUCAUGGACAGUCACGGAGACACCACGUGGUGGCAGUCUGCUAACGGAGAAGAGAAUGUCAGCAUUCGAUUAAACCUGGAGGCAGAAUUCCACUUCACACAUCUCAUUCUGAAGUUCAAGACUUUCCGCCCAGCAGCUAUGAUCAUUGAGCGUUCAGCUGAUUUUGGACGUACGUGGCGUCCGUACCGCUACUUCGCUUCGAACUGCACCAAGACCUUUCACGGUAUCCCCUCGAACGGCCUGCACCAUAUCAACGACGUCAUCUGUGAGGAACGCUACUCCGACAUCGAGCCCUCCACCGACGGGGAGGUCAUUUACAAAGUGCUGGAUCCUGCCAUUCACGUGAAAGACCCUUACAGCUUGGACAUUCAAGAGCUCCUGCGUAUCACCAACCUGCGCAUUAACUUCACCAAAUUGAACACUCUGGGAGACGACCUUCUAGACAGACGCUCUGACGUCCUCCAAAAAUAUUACUACGCCAUCUACGAGCUGGUGGUCAGAGGAAGCUGCUUUUGUUACGGACACGCCUCGGAGUGCGCCCCAGUGCCGGGAGUUGAGACGCGAGAGAACGGCAUGAUCCACGGUCGGUGUGUUUGCAAACACAAUACAGAGGGCCUGAACUGUGAGCGUUGCCAAGACUUCCACCACGACCUGCCGUGGAGACCGGCUGAGGCAGAAAACCCGCACACCUGCAGAGUGUGUAACUGCAACGGCCACUCGAACCGGUGUCACUUUGACAUGGCCGUGUAUUUGGCCACCGGCAACUUCAGCGGAGGAGUGUGCGAUGACUGUCUGCACAACUCCAUGGGACGCAACUGUGAGAUGUGCAAACCUUUCUACUAUCAAGACUCGAAUAGGGAUAUCAGAGACCCGCAGGUUUGUGUUGCCUGCGACUGCGACCCUGUGGGCUCAAUGGAGGGAGGAAUGUGCGACAGCCACACCGACCCAGACGCGGGCAUGAUCACUGGACAGUGUCGCUGCAAAGCCAACGUCAAAGGCUUGCGCUGCGACGACUGCAAGGAGGGCUACUUUGGACUCAGCCAGAACGACCCGCUGGGUUGUCAGCCUUGCAACUGUGAUCCUCGUGGCAUCAUCACGAUGGGAGCCCCAUGCGACCAGAUCAGCGGCGACUGCUCCUGUAAAAGAUACGUCACCGGUCGCUACUGCGGCCAGUGUCUGCCUGAAUACUGGGGUCUCAGUAAUGACCUAGCUGGUUGUAGACAAUGUGACUGUGACUUCGGAGGAGCCAUCAACAAGAGGUGCAUGAUGGAGAACGGACAGUGUGACUGCAGGAGCCAUCUGAUUGGUCGACGGUGCUCCGAGGUGCAGCCUGGCUAUUUCUGCGCCCCGCUGGACUUCUACAAAUACGAGGCCGAAGAGGCCACCGGACGCUCGCCGAUUGACUCCGCUCUACCUGGCAAAGUUCGACCUCAGGCAGAAACCGACUGCGUUCAGCACCUCAAUAAUCAGCUGAGAAGACACAGGCGCCACCGCCGUAUGGCCGACCCACAACAACACCGCGCAGCGCUGAGGCGGAUCCGCCAGCUCCAACAGACACCGGAUGUGAGGACCGUUUAUAGAGAGGUCACCCAAAGUCACACAGUGACUUGGACCGGACCUGGAUUCGCCCGGGUCAAAGACGGUGCUGGCCUGGUGUUCAAUGUUGACAACGUUCCCUACGCCAUGGAGUACGACAUCAUGAUCCGUUAUGAGCCUGAGUCCACAGAGGACUGGGAGGCCAUGGUUAGUAUAACAUCUGUGAACCUCCCUUCCAGUCUCCGCUGCGGAAACCUUCUACCAACUGAGCAGCUCUACACAGUCACCUUGCCGCACCGCAGCAGAUACAUCCAGAUGCCGAGGCCCUUCUGUUUUGAGCCAAAUAAUCAUUACGUGGUGGCCAUCCGCUUCCAGCGCCACGGAGUGACACACAGACAUCUCACGGCCUUCGUUCUUAUCGAUUCGUUGGUUCUGAUCCCCAAACACACCGAGCUUCCUGGUUUCCAAGGCAAUGAGAUUGAGGGAGAGCUGCGACGUGAGGAGAUGAUUCGCUACAUGUGUCUGGAUUCCUUUUUGAUCACGCCAAUGCCCGCCUUGGCCGACGUGUGCUCCGAGCUCAUCUGCGGCAUUUCGGCCAUCGUUCACAACGGCGCGCUGCCCUGUCGGUGUGAUCCUCAAGGCUCCCUCUCGAGCGAGUGCGAUAGGGUCGGAGGUCAGUGCCGCUGUAAGCCCGACGUGAUGGGUCGACGCUGCGAUCGGUGCGCUCCGGGAACCUAUGGCUUUGGAGCCGAUGGUUGUACUGCCUGCGACUGUCAUUCAGAGGGUUCACUGAGCCGCAAAUGUGAGCCCGUUAGCGGCCAGUGCCAGUGCAGGGAGGGAGCGAGCGGGCGCCGGUGCUCCGACUGCCGACCCGGCCGGUGGGGCUUCCCGAGCUGCGGCCUCUGUCAGUGUAACGGCCACGCAAACAGCUGCGACCCCCAAACUGGCGAGUGUCGAGAAUGCCGAGACUACACAGCCGGCCAUCUCUGCGAACGGUGUCAGGAUGGAUUCUUUGGCAACCCGACUCUCGGCUCAGGGGACCGCUGUCGCCCCUGCUCCUGCCCCGGUAAUCCCGAUUCGGAUAACUUUAACGGCCACUCCUGCCGGGCCGACCGCUCUUCAAACCUCAUUAUGUGCGACUGCAGGCGAGGCUAUGCUGGGCCUCGCUGUGACCAGUGCGCCCCUGGUUACUACGGCGACCCUGAGCAAACUGGCGGUCGGUGCCUUCCGUGCGAGUGCAGCGGCAACAUAGACACUCAGGACCCGGAGUCAUGUGACCCGAGGACAGGUCAAUGCCUCAAGUGCCUGUACCGCACGGACGGUCCAUCUUGUGCCCGCUGUCAACGGGGUUACUAUGGAAAUGCUUCGGCCCGCGACUGCAGACGCUGCACCUGCGUAACUGCCGGUACUGUCCAGUCAACUUGCAGCGAUGGCCAGUGCGACUGCCACCGUCAAACCGGGGCUUGCUUAUGCAAGGAGAACGUCUCCGGCCAUAACUGUGACCUGUGCGCCGCUAACCAUUGGAACUACGGUCAGGAGCGAGGCUGUGAGCCCUGCAACUGCGACCUGCGACAUUCCAUGGGAACUCAUUGUAAUACGUUCAGCGGCCAGUGCCACUGCCGCCCGGGCUUCGGAGGGAAACAUUGCACUGAGUGUGAGCAGCUCCACUGGGGAGACCCACGGGUACAGUGUCAAGAGUGUAACUGCCAUCCUCGGGGUUCAGAAGUAGCACAGUGUGACCGAACCACUGGAGCGUGCCAGUGCAAGGAGGGCACAGCAGGCAAGCGCUGUGACGAAUGCGCCCGCGGCUUCACUGGUGUUUUUCCCGAGUGCGUGCAGUGUCACGCCUGCUUCCAGCUGUGGGACGACAUCGCGUGUCAGCUCAAACGCGACCUGGAGCACAUCCGACACACCGCCGACAAGAUCCUGGAGAGUGGCGUCACACCCGGAAUCGGCGACGCCCGUAUCAAAGAGCUGGAGACGAAGCUGAAACGGGUGCGAGAUCUGAUUGGUCGUGAAGACACCGAAAUGAUCCACCAACUGCUUGGACAGAGCAUCGAUGACCUCAGGGCGGAGAUCGCGCUGACCGACGGGCGUCUGAUGGGCGUCGCUCGAGAGCUGAACGCAACGGCAGAGGACGACGGCGCACUGAGACGGACGUUGAGCGACAUGGAGAAACAGUUGAUGGACAUCAACUCCACGGUUGCUUCUAAACAGCAGCAGCUAGAAGACUACCUCGCAUCCGGAUUUGCAGAUCAGUACAAAAAAGUGAAGAAAUACUAUCGGGAAUCAUCAGAGGCGGAGGAGAAAUGCAACGCGUCAGUGUCCGGUCCCCAAAGUCCCGUGGAAGGGUCCAAGCAAAGCCGCUCCUUCGCUGAAGACCUGCUCAAUACGACUGAAGACAAGUUCCUCCGUGCCAUGGCAGCUCAGAACAAAUCUUUGGAGGAAGUGCAGCACAAAGCCCAUCAGCUGGACCACAAGCUCCAGCACCUCAGUGACAAGGUAUGCGGGGGCCGCAGCGACGCCAGCGUCAACGGUAGCUGCGGAGACGGCCCGUGCGGCGGCCCUGGUUGCCGUGACAACCGGGGCACCCACGUAUGCGGAGGGGAAGGAUGCAACGGGACGGCGAGCGCUUCUUUAGCCGCGUUAAGUCAUGCGAAGAACGCCACCGAGACUCUGGAAGCCGCUAAUGAGGAACUGCACAACGUGGCGAAAAAGCUCCAGGAUAUCGCGUCUUUGAGCCAGGAUGUGAAGAAUCGGGCCGUGAACACCCUGGAGAAAGCGCAGAAGAGCAGAGAGCACUUUGAAAACUCAAACAGAAAGCUCAAAGAGUUCAUCAAGAAGAUCAAAGAUUUCCUCACUGAGGAGGGAGCAGAUCCGGAGAGCAUCGAGAAGGUGGCCCUGCAGGUCCUGUCCAUUACGCUGCCGGUCAACAAGACAACAGUGGACACCAUGAUCUUGCAAAUAAAGGGCAGCCUUUCCAACCUCACCGAUAUCCAGGGGAUCGUCAGCAACGCCUCACGGCACAUCAGCGAAGCCAAGCGGCUUCUGGAAAAAGCUAACGACGCCAAAAGUCGAGCUGAGAGAGCGAAGGAUGCGGCCGACGCUACGAAGACGGCCUUGGAUCUGUCCGAGAAGGCCGUGGAAAAAGCAAGAAUCGCCGUGAAAGAGGCUUCGGACAAUUUGAACGGCGCCGGGAACGCCGCUUCUGAAGUGGAUGAGAGGUUAACACGGCUGGAGAACAAGCAAAUGGAGGUCGCGAUGCGUCUACGCAACCUCUCCGCGCAAAUUGAGGCACUGAGAAACAAAACGGAGCUCACCGGGGAGAUGGCGAAGGACGCCAAAGCUUCGGCCGACAACGCCGCAAUGCAAGCGCUGGCGCUGGGGCAGAGCCUCAACGACACAGAGAAGCGCUACCGUGAACUGCGGGAGAAGGUGGACUCCCUCGGCAGCGGCUCCGGAGGCCUGGACGCCGUCGACCGGAAGGCCCGGGAAAUCAAGACGGAGGCAGAAGAGCUUCUCAAGAGAGCUAACAAAGGCAUGGAGCAGCUCAAGAAGCUGGAGAAGAAGUUCAAGAGCAACGAGCAGCGGAUGCAGCAGCAACGGGCGGAAUUGGACGAGCUGAAGGAAAACGCCACUUUGGUGCGGGACGUCAUCCGGGACCAAGUGCAGAAGUACAGUAGCUGCUCGUGAGGGCGUUUGGCCCAAUUCAGCCGAGUCGCCAUUGUUCCGCUCCCGUUCCGACCGAGUGUUCCGCGAAAUGUCCGUGUACUGUAUCACGUCGAUACAGUCGCCCGGAUGCCGACGCUAUCCUGUGUGCUCUUCAUGUCUUAAGCUAUCGAAACAAAAGGAUGACCAGUGGGAAGGAUUUUUUUUUUUUUUGGUAUGAUUAUUAUGAAUAAUGAAAAUAUAUAUCAGUAUAUUGACCCUCUGUAUGCUAAGAUUUUCAAUAUUUUCAUCCCAAUUUGAGCCUGUUAUUAUAUGUGCUAUUAACAAAAUGACAUUCCUGCUAAGGGAGCAAAGUGGACCUGACUGAUUUUUUAAAAAAAAAAUAUAUAUUUUAUGUUUAUUUUUAUUGAAAAAGAAGCUUUUGAUUAAACAAAUAUUCUAUGGAAGAAAAAA